AAAAAACCCUUCUCUUGCUGCUGGCCUCCGCUGGGGUCUGUGCGCCUAAAGAUGCCCUGCAUCCUUUUUCAGAUGGUCGCUGAUUCGCACUCGAGGCAAAAAAAGGCUUGAGGCUGACUUUUCCCUUUUCCCUCCCUCAAAGUCCCAGCGUCACAUCCCGACUCCCCAGGGUCACAUCUGAACCACGCGAUAUAGCGAUCGAAUCCUGUUCUUCACGGGCACAGUCUCCUUAUCCGGGGUCCUGUUUCAUCUAUGAACCUUCGCUGACCCGCUGCCGAAACUUGAACCUCGAACUGACCUUGACAAUCCGACAUAUCCCAACUGCCCUGACACCUGCUGCUAGGUCACCCCGACUCAUCCUCUUUCUCCGAUGCUGACCUGGCCGCCUCGCACGUGAGUGUACAAGAGUACCAAUUGGUGCACCAUUCAGCCAUUCGACCAUUCGAGUCCGUGAGAUCCCCUCAACCACCCACGAUCAUGUCGGAGCAAGCCUCGCAUCGGUCGGCCAGCAAUGGAAGCCCGCCACCUGAUGAUCUCGAGCAUGACCUCGACGCCUUUAUUCAGCCGCUGCUUAUCAACGACAACCAGGUACACAGCCUGGCAUAUAAGUUCUCCAAGGUAUAUGAGGAGCUAGCCUUACGCUCCGAGGAGCAAUUCCUGCCUACUCCCGUCACCAAACUGCCCACCGGACAGGAGACUGGCCAGUUUCUGGCCAUUGAUGUUGGAGGCACUAACCUGCGAGUGGCAUUCAUCGAACUGUUGGGCGACGCCGAGGAACUGCUGCCUACGGCCAAUGGCGUGGAGCGGUCACGUGAGACGAUUCGGAAUGCUCAACGACCUCGAGUGCGGCGGACCUUGGAGAAGGCAUGGCCCAUCGGAGAGCAUUUGAAGAUGGACAAGACGGAGGACCUCUUCUCCUGGAUUGGCGAUUGUAUAGCCGAAGUCGUCGGGGAUCGGUUGACUUCAGACAUGGGCAAAGUGGCCGUUCCAGAUGAGCUCCCAAUGGGCAUCACCUUCAGCUUUCCCAUGAUGCAAACCGAGUUAUCCGCUGCGACGUUGAUGCCCAUGGGGAAAGGCUUCACCAUCAGUUCUGAUCUUGACCUUGGGUCUACUCUGUUACAAGGCUACGCCCGCCACACUCGUCGACAGUCUCCCACGAGCUCGUCUCCCAAAGCAAAGCGAAGGAAGCUCGGCCCCCUUCCCCGACUGAAGAUCACCGCCAUCACCAACGACACGAUUGCGACUCUCGCUUCUCUGGCAUACACUGUCAAAUCCCUUCCGAACUCUAGGGUCGUCGCUGGAAUCAUCGUCGGCACGGGGUGCAACGCUACGAUUCCCAUGAAGUUCUCAAGCUUGGGCGAGGCUAAAGUCGAACCAAUCAGAAAGAACAAACCUCAUGCUACUGAGACGGUUGUGAAUACCGAAAUCACAAUCGCUGGUGCUUGCGGGCCCUUGCAAGACAUUACCACUGAUUGGGAUCAUCAAUUGGACCGCGCGUGCGCGCGACCCGGCUUUCAACCUUUGGAAUACAUGACUGGGGGCCGGUACAUUGGAGAGCUGGUUCGCAUCAUUUUCUUUGACUAUAUGACGCGUGCCCACAAACCACCAGUGCCCGCAGCGUCGCUUCCCGCGACGAUUGUACACAGCUAUAGUUUUAGCACCACAUUUGUGAGCGCAGUCGUUGCACGGGCUCGGUCCGAUUCAGAAUUGGCAGGCGAAUUGAAGCGACGCAUCCCUCCUCCGGAAUCCUCAAACUGGGGUUGGUCACCGCAUUCGGCCGGCGCGCUUCGCAAAAUUGCGCAGAUGGUUCAGGUCCGGUCCGCCGGGCUUAUUGCUGCGGCCACGGUCGGGCUUCUGGCUACCGUGGGCGAGAUCGCAUUGACAGAGCCUAGCAGCCCUACGUCACUUCCUGACGCGAUGGUCUUGACCGACAGUAAGCCACCAUCUCCCAAGUCAGGUGUCCCGUCUCUCCCUCAGCGUGACGCGAGAGAUGGUCUGUCGCCCGCUCCUGGUGCCACCGCCUGGAAGUCAGGACCAGAAGAAUUGGUCAUUGCUUACACCGGUGGUAUUAUCCAGCACUAUCCCAACUUCAAAGAACAAUGCCAACGGUUCAUCGACCGGCUAGUGAUGAGAGCAGGUCCUCAGGACGGCGGCAAGAGUGUCUUCUUAAGAGAAGCUCGGGAUGGCGGCAUCAUUGGUGCCGGCGUCCUUGCAGGCAUGGAGACUCAAGAGCGGGGCCUGUCAUAGCGAGUCGAGGUCUUGAUGGGCGUGUCAUGCUCGUCUCGUCUGGGUACCAUUGCGACGUCUUGUUGUGGACAGCAGGUUGUAGGAAAUUGGCUUGCCUUUUCGAUUGCACAUUCGAGGACGAUCGAUCGCCAGGAGACAAGCCUCGAGGAUUCGUGGAAAAACUCCGGGGGAUACUUGGAGGAGUUGUGAAGUUGAAGCAACGAGUGAUGCAGGGCAAACCCCCUGCAUGUUGGAGGAACUGUGACAGGAGCUGCUGGUGCUGCUGGGCCGUUUAAGAAGCUUCGGAACCGGUAACGAGGGGGGUUACUCCAUUUGUCACGGAACUAGUCGUUACAAGCACUCCUUGCGGUGCUCGCCCAAAUGCUUCGUACUUGCGCACCCUCGCUCACAAGCGAAAGGAAAAUUGGCCUCGUGGAUUGGCGGCCAGGGCCGCUAGCUGGUUCCUAAGGCGCAGGCUCAACCCCGUGAGUUUUAGCCGAAGGAUCCAAAGGACCAGCCCAGGAUCAGCAUCGGCAUCAGAGCCCAGAAUCAGAAUCAGGGGUCCCCGCAACACACCAACGCACCUAAAGGUAUAGUCACAUGAAUUGAGGUCUCUGGGGUUUCAGAGGGCUCGACAAAGCCUUGAGCUUUCCUUUGGAUUCGAGAAGGGGGUGUAUAUAUACCGAGUACCUUAUAGAGUCUGCUGAAAAUAGACUGCUAAUGGGAGGAGGGAGCUUGCCGAUGAGGCGGCUAGUCAUCAAUGGAUUGAUGAUCAGCCUCGAUGUCAUCAGAUGAAUCACGGCCACGCGAGUU